GGACGGACAAUCAGUAUGCUGACUUUGCCGCCAGGACAGUCCUCUACCUAUCGUUGGUUACGGCUACAUGCGCUCUGGAUCGUCCCGGCAUACAUGAAGAAGAAGCACGGUCUUCCGCUCUGUUUACCCAGAUCGCAACCCUAGGAACGAGAGCAGAAUGCGGUGUACUACAUCAUCAUCACCCUGCCUGGCGGCCUGGCCAGAAGGCUGGCUAUGUACCUACUUGUUCACCGGCUGACUGCAGCCUGACUGGCAGGCUAGCAUUCUUCCUGUCCCUUCGUCUUCAUCGUGGGACUGCCAAGUGCAACCUCUUCUUUUCUCCGCGCAAGAACAAUGGGCCUGGGCUCGGUCAACGCAAAUCUCGUCGCCUCUUUAUUCUCACCAGGGUUGUUCUUAUGGAGAAAAGACACAUCUUUAUUCUCACCGGGAUUGUUCUUGUGGAGAAAAGACAUGGCAUGGAUGGAUGAAUGCGCACACAUCAUCACAAGGUACACCACGGUGUCGUCCUGCUGUCAGCCAGCCAGUUGCGGUUAUCGAUUAAAGUCCAAGGCCAAUCGACCAAGCAAUUCCGCUGCAUCCAACGUGAAGAGACAGUUUGGUUUCCCCGCAUCCCACCAGCUCAGACUCCACUCCAAUCUGCUCCCCGGCCGAUCACCUCCGAAAGGGAUCAUAUCUCCGAGGUUAAGAAGACAACUCCUCUCCUUCUGCCCGCGGUUCGACACCUAUCCACCUAUCCGACGAUGGAGCAACGGAGCCGGAUAGUCCAAAAACGACGGCAAAUGGGUAGGUACAUCAAGGCUGACAGGUUCUUGAAGCCUUGUGCAAUACAGCACAUCCCACGAAUUACUGGGCACCCGCAUGCGAUCCACCUCGAAUUUUGUGCAGCCGCGCGGCGCGGGACGUGGGGCGCGUUCAACCCCGCUGUCUACAUGCAUGUCCGUUCACCUCACCUAUCUCUCAACCCCGCUUUCAUACGGGCAGGCAGCAGGCGAGACAAAAGAGAAAAAAAGGCGAGCUCCAUAUGCACCUCCAAAGCUUGUCUUGUCAGUCGAUACUUACUUUGCCCUGGCCGUCCGUGUUCGCUUGCCCCGCCCGCCACCGUGCGGGCAGCAGAACUGCCACUUCGUCAUAUUAAUAUCCGGUCGAUCAGUGUUACUAAUGGACAAAACCCGGAGACGAAAUGUAGAACGUUUAUGCACACAGGACAAGACAUGUCAACAGUGGUGCCACGUCACUCCGGUUCACGACAUAAUUUAUGUAAUGAGGGAGAAACUUCUUCAUCUUUAUCUCGUUCUCGCAUAUGACCGAAAACAUAAACAUAAAAUAAAUUUCACGAC